AUGGCUAUAAGCAGCAAGAAUGUCUUUGAGAAAUUUCAGCAGAAUCAACCUCAUCCUCAUUUUCACCAAACUCAGCAAGAUCCUUCUGAAGACAUAAUCAGACUUUCUGACAACGACCUUUAUAAGCGCUUUAAAACAUAUGAAAAUGAAUUGAAAUCCACCCUUGAAGGCAGAACCAAUGCUUCUAUUGUCUUGCAGGAGCACACAAGCUUCACCAACCCAAAACGAAAAAUCGUAGAAGUCCUCAUGCAAAUCAUGUGCCGGUCCUCCAUGCUUCAGAUGAUCCAGCAAAAGCAAAUCGACGAACGCUUUUGGACGCUGAUUAAAAAAGAAAUCAAGAGGGCAGAACAAGAAUUGCAAAAGUCAAAUGGCAGCUUAAAGCAAAAUUUUGAGAGCAUGCUGUUGAAAAAUAAGGAAAGCUUGGGGAAUAUGAUAAAACAAGCAUGAAAAACUUUUGAGCCAUUAAAAGAGCCUCAUUUGCCUGAUGCCAUUGCAAGGAAAAUGCUGGGAAGGCUGCUAGUUGCAGUAGCGGAAACUUUGAAACUGAAAGGAAAGCAAGAUAAAAGUAUCCAAAAAGAUGUGAGGGAUUUUUUGAACAGGUCUUUAAAAAUUUAUAUGGCUAAUAGAUGAAUAUGGCUAAUAUUUGAUUUAUAUUAUUAAUAUGAGAAAAAAUGCUGCUUAUUAUAGCAAGGUUUACUCAUUUUCAGGCAGAACUCACGAAUUAUUAGGAUGUAAGGUUUAUUGUAGUAUUCCAUCAAUGAACUGGCGACUUAUUUGGAGCAGUUUAUGGCCUCUCACGAGCCUUAUCAACUAGUGAGCCUAUAAGUUGUAGAGAGCAGCUAUUUAAUAUAUAUGACGAACUUAGGGCUAGAUGGGAUCAGCAUCAAGCAUUAGUGAAGGUAUCGUCUCAGCCUUCUUGGUAUAUCAGCUUUUGCUUAUCAUUUUUAAAAAUCCAAGGGGUUUAUUUGACUGGGGUGAACACUGAUGAUGUUACUUUUCUAAUGAGAUGCUGCUUGGAAAAUAUGGACGUUUUUCUGGGCAGGAAAGAAAAUGCAGAACAAUAUUCGAAUUUGCUGGUCAGCAUGGUUCAACUGUGAAUUUUCACGGUCCAUAUUACUGUAAAGGACUAUAGAGAGCUUCAAAAUUUGGUAAAUCAUGAUCCAAGUUUGUUUUCUGGAAUUUUGCCUGGAUCUGCAACCCAAGUUUUUGAGUAUUUUAGCCAGUUUAUGCAUAGAAUUGUGCAGAAAAUAGAAAAUUGGUCAUCAUCGUGGCUUGGUGCAGUUCUUAUAUUUUUAUACUGAAUUAACUCGUAUCGUGACCUUCCUAAGCUUCUUCUUACCCCUUCAUUAAAAGAAGACUUAGAGACCUUAAUGCUUACUUUUUUUUCAAUUCCUGAUUCUGAUUGUGCUUUAAACCUUCAUCUUUUACUCCCAGAAGAUGCAAGAUCCAUUGGAUUUUUACCUUUGCAUGACUAUUAUCUUUCCCAUAAAGACUUUUUAAAUGAACCAGCCCCAGUUAAUCAGUAUGAAAUUAUAAGAGCUACAAUAGCCCGUGAGUUAAUAAAUGAUUUAUUAGAGCAUUUUAAAGAGAAAAAAGAAGUAAAAGAGGACGAAUUCUGGGAUCCUUUGGGAUUUGACGUUGACCAAGCUGGAUUGUUUUUUGAAGAAGUAAAAGAAGAAAAAAGAUUGAUAAUCAUUGAUGGAUCUAAUGUAGCAAUAAGGCAUGGAAAUGGAGCUUUUUCUUGCAAAGGAAUUAAAAUUGCUAUUGAAUAUUUCCAAAAUAAAGGAUAUGAAGCUAAAGCUGUUGUUCCUGACCAGUAUCUGCAAGGAGACAGAGUAGAAGAACUUAAACUUAUUGGGGCAAAUGCUAACUCCCCCCCCCCUCCGUGAGUGAACAAAAAAAUUUUGUUCGCUCACUUAUAAAAAAUAUAUUUUUUUUCGAAAUUUAAAAAAAUCCUAAUUCGCAAAAAUUGGAAAGCAAAUAUUAAUUUAAUUUAUAAAAUUUAUGUUUAAAAAGCAAUUCGUUAAAAAUUAAACAGAAUUAGCAAUAGAUUUCAUUAUACUAAUUAUCAUUUAUAUAUUAAAUUUUUUUUCCAUAAAAAAUUUUUGUUUCACUCACGGAGGGUGGGUUUUUGGGCAAAAAAUAGGGAUUUUUCUAAUGGUUUUGUUCACUCACGGAGGGGGGAGUAAGAAAAUCCCUGUCGGAUUCGAAAUCCUAAAAACCUUAGACUCCAAAGGUCUUUUGAUAAAGACCCCACCAUGAGACUACGAUGACUCUUAUGCCUUGCAGUAUGGAAAAGAUAAAAAUGCAGUAAUUAUCAGCAAUGAUAGAUAUAGAGACCAUAUCCAAAAACACCCUGAAAAUGGCUCAUGAGUCAGAACUCAUACUUGCUCGUAUACUUAUGUAGGUGAUGAUUUUAUCCCAAACCCUGACUUUAAUUUCAAUGUUGAUCUCUAG